GGAGGGGCGGGGGGAGGAGGGAGGCGCGCGGCGCCGCACGGCCGACGUGGGGCUCGCGCUCUCGCGGUCUCUCCCGGGCGGGCGCGCAGGCACGCGCACUCGCGAGUGCGCGCGCGGACGGCCGGGCGGCGGCGGCGGCUCCCGGAGGUGGUGGCUUCACUUUCCAGGACUCAGGGGCAGCCACAGCGACAGCCGCGGGCAGCAGCCUCAGGAGCCGGAGCUGGAACGGCCGGGGGCGGCGGCAGCGGCGGCGCUGAGGGAUCUAAAAUGUCCACUGAGGCACAAAGAGUUGAUGACAGUCCAAGCACUAGUGGAGGAAGUUCCGAUGGAGAUCAACGUGAAAGUGUUCAGCAAGAACCAGAAAGAGAACAAGUUCAGCCCAAGAAAAAGGAGGGAAAAAUAUCCAGCAAAACCGCUGCUAAAUUGUCAACUAGUGCUAAAAGAAUUCAGAAAGAGCUUGCAGAAAUUACAUUGGACCCUCCUCCCAACUGUAGUGCUGGACCCAAAGGAGACAACAUUUAUGAAUGGAGGUCAACUAUAUUGGGACCCCCAGGAUCUGUCUAUGAAGGAGGAGUGUUCUUUCUUGACAUUACCUUUUCACCAGACUAUCCGUUUAAACCCCCUAAGGUUACCUUCCGAACAAGAAUCUAUCACUGUAAUAUUAACAGCCAAGGUGUGAUCUGUCUGGACAUCUUAAAGGACAACUGGAGUCCGGCUUUAACUAUUUCUAAAGUUCUCCUCUCCAUCUGCUCACUUCUUACAGAUUGCAACCCUGCUGACCCUCUGGUGGGCAGCAUCGCCACACAGUACAUGACCAACAGAGCAGAGCACGACCGGAUGGCCAGACAGUGGACCAAGCGGUACGCCACAUAGGGGCCUGCUGCCUGCCGCCCUGCGGGACCUGUGCAAGCACAUUCACCAAGUGCAUCAGUAGCCCUGCCCACCCCUCCAGACCUCGGUUCUUAUUUUCCUAUUUUUAUUAAAUUUGGAACCAUUUUGUGAUGGUAUGUUGUCCAUCUUCCCAUGCCAGUUCUUCCUGCCCCCCUUUCUCUCUCCCAUGCUCUCUUUUUUCUCUUAUUUUAUUCCCUUGUUGAUUUCUGUUAACUUGAAAGAUUUGGGAUUUUUUCCCACCUCAUCAUAGAUGGGAACUUUUGUUUUCAGUGCAAACAAUGUUGGAGCUGUAAUAGUAAAAGCUUUCUUACAAAGCUUUGUAUUACUGUGUGGUUUUGUUUUUUGUUGUUGUUGUUUUUUUGAUUUUGAUUAUUUUUUCUUUUAUGUGAUCUUUGGGAAAACAUUCAGAAUUAUAUCUCGUUUCUACUUAAAUGUAGUGCUUAGGGUUAAUUUUUUGUACUGAAGUCUUUAUUGGUGGGUGCAUGCUACUGGGAACAAGUUUUUGUACAAAAGCUUCAAUCAGAAUCACUGUGCAUUACUGAGACUCUGUUUAUCACUAGCCUUCUGUCCCUCACGCAGAAGACUGUUGGAUUGAACAAAAUAAUAUGUAUUUUGAUUUACUUAAAGUGCUUGUAAAUUUCUUAGGGACCUGCCACUUUUGACUGUGGAUCAGUUGAUGUACACUUGUAUUAUUAAAGCACUCAAUAAAUCACUGUGGCUGAUAAAUGC